AUGUCUUUUGUUGAAGUUUUUGUCUUCCCCCUGUCAACUAGUCUCACCAUCCUUUUGGGGACUGUGGUAUUCCUGCUUGUUUUCCACCUCUUCUCCUCCAGCGUCAGCUCCCAGGAAAAGAUGAAGGAGCCUCCAGGACCCAAAGCACUUCCCCUGCUUGGUAACCUGUUGCAGAUGGAUCUCAAGAGACCCUACAUCACCUUGUGUGAGCUUUCAAAGAAAUAUGGAUCUGUAUUUACGGUGUACCUUGGACCCAAUAAAGUGGUGGUGCUGGCAGGAUACAAGACAGUCAAGCAGGCCCUGGUUAACCAUGCAGAGGAGUUUGGGGACAGACAUAUUUCUCCUAUAUUUUAUGAUAUCACUCAUGGACAUGGAAUUCUCUUUGCCAAUGGAGAGUCAUGGAAAGAAAUGAGGCGUUUUGCCCUGACUAACCUGAGAGACUUUGGCAUGGGCAAGAGAUCAGCUGAAGUGAAGAUUACAGAGGAAUGCCACCAUUUGAUCCAAGAAUUUACAAACCAUGAUGGCAAAGCAUUUGACACCACACAGCCAUUGAAUUAUGCUACAUCCAAUAUCAUCUCAUCCAUUGUAUAUGGUAGUAGAUUUGAAUACACUGACCCCCAGUUCAAACGGAUGGUGGAUCAAGUCAAUGAGACCAUACGCUUAUCAGGUUCUCCAUCAGUCCAGUUGUACAACAUGUUUCCCUGGUUGGGUCACUGGAUAAAGAACCGGAAGCAAAUAAUGAAAAAUACGGACUGCAACCUGACAGAUGUCAGAGACUUAGUCGGGCAUCUGAAAGAGACACUAAACCCCCAGGUGCGACGGGGAUUGGUAGACUCGUUUCUGAUCCGUGAGCAGAAAGACGAGGAUUCUGAUGUCGUGGACUCUCACUAUCAUGAGAACAACCGGAUAUUCACGAUCCUGAACCUGUUUGCUGCCGGCACUGAUACCACAGCAGCUACACUCAAAUGGGGUUUGCUGCUCAUGGCCAAAUAUCCACAAGUACAAGAUCAGGUUCAGGAGGAGCUGAGCAGGGUGAUAGGAAGUCGUCAGGUCCAGGUAGAGGACAGGAAGAACCUGCCCUACACUGAUGCUGUUAUCCAUGAGACACAGAGACUGGCCAACAUUGCACCCAUGUCUCUUCCUCACAUCACCAGCCGAGAUGUCACAUUUCAAGGCUACUUCAUCAAGAAGGGGACAGCUGUAUUUCCUUUGCUGACGUCUGUCCUGUAUGAUGAAAGUGAGUGGGAGAGCCCCUACACUUUCAACCCAGGGCACUUCUUAAAUGAACAUGGCCAAUUUAUGCCUAAAGAGGCAUUCAUGCCCUUCUCUGCAGGUCGCAGGGUGUGUCUUGGAGAGGGUCUGGCCAGGAUGGAGGUCUUCCUCUUCUUCACCUCUCUCCUCCAGCACUUUUGUUUCACUCCUCCACCUGGAGUUACAGAAGAUGAACUGGAUCUGACACCGGCUGUGGGCUUCACCCUCAGCCCUUCACCUCAUCAGCUGUGUGCUGUCAGCCGCUUCUAAGGAAAAA